AUGGAUUCCUCGCGUGCCUCGCGGUUCCUGGACCCCGCGGUGGCUGCCAUCACCAAGCACAAGGCGGAGGCCAUCAAGCUAGCUCGUGAACAAGGUGCUGCGGUCCAAGAGAUGUGCCGCAGAGCCAAAACUGAGACCCCGCCUUAUGAAUUCGAAGAGUUGAUUGGUAAGGGCUCAUACGGACGCGUGUACAAGGGCCACCAGCUCCCUUCUCGCAAGGUUGUCGCCAUCAAGGUCAUGGACAUUGACUCCAUGGACUACAAGUCCGUCCGUGAUUUCAAGGAUGAAUCGAUCAAGGACUUUAUCCAUGAGACCAAGGUCAUGAAACAGGUGAAGGAUGCGGGUGCGAAGAACAUCAACGAAUUGAUCGAGGCGCAUUCCAUUCACUCACAGCUGUGGUUGGUUUCCGAGUACUGCCCCGGGGGUAGUGUUAGGACUUUGAUGCGGGCAACCGGCGACCGACUCGAAGAAAAGUUCAUCAUCCCGGUUGCACGAGAGCUUGCUGCUGGCUUGCGUGCCAUUCAUGAUGCGGGCAUCAUCCACAGAGACAUCAAGGCUGCCAACAUUUUGAUCCACGAGGAAGGAAGACUGCAGAUCUGUGAUUUCGGUGUGGCCGGAGUACUCCAGUCACAGAUGGACAAACGUUCUACUUGGAUCGGCACACCACAUUGGAUGCCACCAGAGAUGUUCUCGACUCGCGGUGAAGCCCACAAGUAUGGUAGCGAGAUUGAUGUCUGGGCCUACGGAUGCACACUGUUUGAAUUUGCCACUGGAAAUCCUCCCAAUUCCAACCUACGCGAGCGCAUGCAGAUUGGCAGGCAGUUGACCCGCAACACCCCCAAGUUGGACAAUUCCAAAUAUAGCGACGGCCUCAAGAGCAUCGUCUCGUUUGCCUUGGAAUCGAACCCCAUCUCCCGGCCCGCGAUGGCAGAUGUCCUGGCGCACCCGUACAUCGCUGAUACCGCGGAAGCCUAUCCCACUUCAUCCCUCAGCGAGCUCGUUCGCAUGUACUAUCAGUGGUCCCAACGAGGUGGCCAGCGUAUCUCUUUGUUUCAUCCUGGAGGUGCUGUUGCCGCGGAGCUUCCCGAAGAUGAGGGCGGCUACGAAGAGGACUGGAACUUUAGCACGACCGAUGGCUUCGAGCGUCGAUUCUCUGUCAUCGAUCUCGACCAGCUGGCUGCCUCUCUGGCGGAGAUGGAAGACCAAAUCAGUCCCACCACCACCACGAGCUCGGAGAACGACCUCCCGGAAGAGCCAUCUGAGGAGGUAAUGACGGUCGAAGAUCAAGCGAACUUUGACGAGCGUGUCCGCCGGGGUGCUGCGGCGAUGGAAGGCUUGUUCAAUGAAGACAUGCCGAGCUACAAGUACGAGACCAAAAAUGAUUUCGUCCCCAUCGAGCCCAAGGCCCCCGUGUCCGACCUCCCACUUCGCACUGAUACCGAUCGAUCCUCGGUGACGUCCACUUUCAUUGACAUCGACAUUGGCUCGUUCGACUCGUCACACUAUGCUGCUGGAGCCACCUCGGCCCAGCCAUUCCAACUUGCCGAUGCCGAUACCAUUCGGGCGAACCGGACCAGUGGGCGUCAGCACCGUAACUCGGCUGAAAGUCGUUCGCGCUCGUCCAGCAGCGGGGUGAGCAGCAACAGAGAUGAGGAGGAUAUGACCUACCAGCCAGCGUCUGGGCCACGGCCUCCCACGAUGGACUGGAAGUUCCCAGUCUUUAUGCAACCGCCCGAGGAGGAGGCCGAGGCAGCCAGCGAACCAGCGAGCGAGCCACCGGAGACAAAGCCAGCGGAGCCAGACACGUCGGACAAGCGUGCCACCAUGGAGUGGACCUUCCCUGUUAUGACCGCCCCGGCCGACGACGGGCCUGCAAACGAUAGCCUUGCAGACGCAGGUCGAUACGAUACUCUGAAGGCGCCUAUUAUUGAGAUUCCGCCGCCGUCUGCGACUAUCCGACGCUCGAGCAUUGGCGAACCCGGGGACUCCCGCCCGUCGACGUCGCGCUCCGGCGAGUCCAAUGCGUCGGUGAGCUCGGAGAUGGACUACGAUCCCUUUCGCUUCGAUCGUCCUUCGACUCCGCCAGCCAAUUCGGGCCCGGGUCCCAGCCAGCCGGAAUAUCCCGGGUUAAUGCAUUCGCUCCAAUACAGUAACUACGGCCAAACUCACAUCAUGGACGGACCGGGGCCUGAUGAGGAAGAGGAACCUGAGUGGAAGCCCUCCGAGGAUGACGACCCCUCCUUGUCCGAACCGUUUCCGACAGCGAUCCCGACCAAGGGCCUGGACCUGAGUCUCCCUUUUGUUCCGUCGGCAAGUUCCUCCGUGUCGGAUUCGCUGCCUACUGCUCGGACCACCUUUCCUGCGCUGACGACUGAUGACGGCGAGCCGAUUUUGUUCCCGGAUUUGACCCUGCCCCAACUCGACAUCUUCAUGUCUGGAGCGGGCGACCAUGCAAUCUCGAGCGAGCUGGACCGGUUGUUGGAGAGUUUUAUUGAUUCGUUGAAUGCUACUGGCCGGGCCUUGUCGCGAGUGAGUCUUGAAGAGACGAAGACCGAGGCCAAGCCGGAUGCUGAAUAG